AUGGCCGCCACCAUGGCUAAAGAUGGCUUUUGGAAGAAUUCGAGGGUCUACAUCCUCACCUCGGUUGCCUAUCUGGGCUCUUUACUCUUUGGGUAUGAUACAGGAGUGAUGGGCUCAGUCUUAGCCUUGAAUAGCUUCAAGGUGGACUUUGGCCUCCCCCUUGGAAAGGGUGGUUUCGCCUCCGAUAAGAAUGCCCAGGUCUCGUCCAAUGUCGUCAGUCUUUUGACAGCGGGAUGUUUCUUCGGUGCUAUUGCAGCUGCUUUUAUCAAUGACCGUCUCGGCCGGAGAUACUCGCUGAUGAUCUUCACCCUGGUCUUUUUGGUCGGAGCCGCCAUUCAGGUGGGCGCUCACCAUGAGAUUGGAACGAUCUACGGAGGACGUGUGGUUGCCGGUCUGGGAAUCGGCGGUAUGUCGAGUAUCACUCCGGUCUUCGUCAGUGAAAAUGCACCUGCCAAGUACCGUGGUCGUAUUGCCGGACUUUUCCAAGAGUUCCUAGUUAUUGGAAGCACCUUUGCCUAUUGGCUGGGUUACGGAGUUGCCCUUCCUCAUCCCCGGAGGAUUGAUGCUGAUCGGACUGGUGUUUCUCAAGGAAUCUGCCCGCUGGCUGAUGAAGCAGAAUCGUCGCGAAGAGGCCAUUCGAUCUCUGGCGUACAUUCGGAACGCGCCACGGAGAGCGAAGAGGUCCAGUCUGAAAUUGCGGAGAUCUCCGCUGCGAUUGAGGAAGAGACUGCAAUGACCGAGGGCGUCACCUGGAAGGAGUGCUUGCAAAAGAGCAACCGGUACCGCUUCUUGGUAGCCUUCUGUCUGAUGUUCUGUCAGCAGUUCUCCGGUACCAACAGUAUUGGUUACUACGCUCCGCAGAUUUUCCAAUCCAUCGGUAUUAGCAGCUCCAACUCAUCGCUGUUUGCCACCGGAAUCUACGGAACUGUCAAGGUGAUCGCCACCGGUAUCUUCUUGCUCAUCGGUAUUGACCGAUGGGGUCGUAAGAAGAGUUUGAUGGGAGGGGCUGCAUGGAUGGCUUCAAUGAUGUUCAUCAUUGGCGCAGUUCUUGCCACCCAUCCUCCUGACCCCAAGGCUACGACUGUGUCUAAAGCUUCGACCGCCAUGGUUGCCAUGAUCUAUCUCUACGUGAUCGGCUACUCUUUCUCAUGGGGACCAACUCCAUGGGUGUAUCUCGGCGAGGUAAGCUCCCUAACACCUUCUCCGUCUAAUGUCACUAGGACCAAGAUAUGGCCACCCCAGAGAGAGAGAGAUGAGAGAGACCAUAUCACUAACAACCAACUUUACCUUCAGAUCUUCCCUACUCGACUUCGCUCUUAUGGUGUCGGUCUCGGUGCUGCGACGCAGUGGUUAUUCAAUUUUGUCAUCACCGAGAUCACUCCUCGCGCCAUCAACAGCAUUGGCUGGAGAACCUUUAUCAUGUUCGGAGUCUUCUGCACUGCCAACGGCAUCUUUGUCACUAUUUUCCUGAAAGAAACCAAAGGGAAGACUCUGGAGGAGAUGGAUUUGAUCUUUGGCGCCAUCUCGGAGGAGCAGCGGCGUGCGGAUUUGGAGAGCACUUUGCAUAAGAACGAUUUCCAUCAUGAGGAGCAUGCGCUAGAUGAUGCGGAGCAGCCUCACCCUGGACGGUCUUCAUGA